UGCAGCUAGGCCACACCCUCCUGUCCACUAGGGGGCACUGCUUGCUGAUGUUGGUGUCGGUGCUAUUACAUGUGACAUUGACAACAGAGGCACAAUGAGGCUGACCGCUCUCCUGUCGAUGGCAGCCAGGGUUGUGGUGCCCAAAGAUUUCCGCUACGGCACCAACAGACCGUGGACUCCUGCUUCUAAGAGACUGAAUCCUCCGGGGAAGAAGAGGAGAAAGGUGUUUGUGGAGCCUUUAGCACCAGAGGACUGGUGUUUGCUCAGAGGGGACACAGCUGAGAUUCUCGCAGGGAAGGACAAAGGAAAGCAAGGAAAAGUGAUCCAAGUCUUCAGACACAGGAACUGGGUUAUGCUGGAGGGGCUGAACACACAUCACAGGUAUGUUGGAAAAACCGGGGAUUACCGUGGGACCUACAUUGCCAGUGAGGCUCCUAUUUUGCUCCGUGAUGUCGCCCUCAUUGACCCCUCAGACAGGAAGCCCACUGAGGUAGAGUGGAGAUACACAGAGCAGGGCGAGAGAGUCCGAGUUUCUCUCAGGACUGGUCGAAUCAUCCCGAAACCUGUUGUGGAGCGACGAGAUGGCAUCGUGCCACAGCAGUGGAAAGAUGGUCCCAAAGACACCAGUCCAGAAGACACUCUAGAAAAGACCUAUGUACCAUCUCUGAAAACCCUGGAGGAGGAAGUCAUGGAGAAACUGGGUAUACAGGAGAACAAGAGGCACCGAAGGUCCUACUGGUACUGAGAAGGGAAAUCGGAGACACUCGGGCCCAAUUGUGCUAUCCGGUUUUCACAGGGAUUCUGAAGACACCAUGGUGGGAUGGGAGUCCAGCUGAAUGACAAAUCAAAAAGAGACUGUGUGAGGAUGGCAUGAGUUUGGCUUAUGGACUGUAAAAUACUGGUGCAACAUGCAUAUUACUAAGAAACAUUUAUUUUUUAUUGCAAACAUGUCAAGGCGGGGAAACAGAUGUGCAACAAAGCUGAUAACAGACCUGCAACUUAAAUGUUUCCUGAAUGGAUGCAGAUUCAGUUAUUUUCUGUUUAUUUGUAAUUUUGUGAAUAAAUGUCACUAGUAAACAAAUA